UCCAUUUUUCUCCCCCGUGCUUUGCCGUCAUUCUUUCGCCGUUUCCACUUCCUGCAGUCCUUCCCAUGAAGGGUCUUCACCUUUUUCAUCGACAAGUCGCGUCUUCUCCUACAGCUUCUUCCACCCGCAGCUUCCCUCGUUGUCACCCAUUUUGCCGUUAAAAGAACGCGAUUUUUCUGAAACCUUCAACCACUUCCCUGUUUGCGCCGCCCCUUUAAGAAGAAGCCGAAGAUGGUCUUCUUCCGUAGUCUCCUGCCCCGUCUCCAAACACUGAGACAUCCGCCGUUUCGUGCCUCUCCGCGCUAUUCAGAUUUCACCAGGAUGAAAGGGAAGGUCGCUCCGUUGCAAGAGAGGAAAAUGGUCGACAGGAUCAAGCUAUGGGUGAAAGGAGGAGAGGGAGGCAAUGGGUGUGUAAGCUUUCGACGGAGCAGACAUGACCGCCGAGGACGAGCUGAUGGAGGGAAUGGUGGCAAAGGUGGAAAUGUUAUUCUCGAGUGCUCUGCAUCAGUAUGGGAUUUAAGUAACUUACAGCAUCACUUGAAUGCAAAAAGAGGGGGCAACGGAUUGUCCAAGAACAAAAUUGGUAGCCGAGGAACAGACAAGGUGGCGCAAGUACCAGUUGGCACUGUGAUCCAUUUAGUUAGAGGCCAGUGCCCUUUAAUCGUAGAAACAAUUCCAGAUAGAGAUCUGCAACCAUGGGAAAUUCCUGAUGAUGCUGAAGUUGAUAACUGCUCAUCUGAUAAGAAAUCUGGCACUACUAUUGAACGUAUUACAAGGCAUGAAAGGACUACUAGGUCGCCACCCAGAUAUGAUGCCAAAGAAAAUUCUUCAAAAGUAAAUGACAAACUCCUUCUCCGUGCUGAUGAAGAAGUUGAAGCUCAAGCCAAAGAAUGUUCUUCAUAUUCAGAUCAAUCUGAUACUGAAGCUGAAAGCAUGAUGUCUCAAUAUGAAUUAUCUGAAGAAGAAACUGAAGAAGAAACUGAAGAAGAAACUAUGUGCCAUUCAGCUGCUGAACUAAUAAGACCUGGACAGAGACUCAUCGUUGCCCAGGGUGGGGAGGGGGGAUUAGGUAAUGCUUCUUUAGGAAAGGUUGUUAAGAACCAUAAACAUGAUAAGAAGGAUGACGAUGAAAGGGAUUUUAAUGUUUUGGACGAUGAAACCACACAUACUGCAGGCAAGCCAGGUUCAGAAGCCAUUCUCAUCUUGGAGCUCAAGAGUAUUGCUGAUAUCGGUCUGGUUGGCAUGCCUAAUGCUGGAAAAAGCACCCUCCUUGGAGCAAUUUCUAGGGCAAAACCUGAAAUAGGACAUUAUGCCUUCACGACACUGAGGCCCAAUAUGGGGAAUCUGAACUAUGAUGAUUUUUUUUCUGCUACGGUGGCCGACAUUCCUGGACUUAUAAAAGGUGCACAUGAAAACCGAGGAUUGGGGCAUGCCUUUCUCCGACACAUAGAACGCACAAAGAUUCUUGCGUAUGUAGUAGAUUUAUCGGCUUCAUUGGAUGGAAGAAAAGGGAUUCCACCGUGGGAACAGCUAAGAGACCUGGUUAUGGAGCUCGAAUGUCACCAGCCUGGGUUGUCUAAUCGGCCAUCUCUUGUAGUUGCUAACAAAAUUGAUGAGGCAGGUGCAAUUGAGGUCUAUGGAGAACUGAAAAAAAGAGUGCAGGGCGUCCCCACCUACCCUGUCUGUGCAGUCUUAGAGGAGGGUCUUCCAGAACUAAAAGUUGGUCUCAGACUUCUCCUAGAUGGUGUUCAGACCAGCAGAGUUAAACUGGACAGCAUUGUGGUCGAUUAAGGUCUGUCAUUCUUUAACUGAGGUCCGCCAUUGCGUGCACGAAGAGCAAUGGGUUCAUGUAAGAAAGGAAAUGGCGUCCAUAAUGUUGCCUUUGGCGGCACGAAGAUUUAUUGGCAUGUACAGCUUCUAUUUUGAACUAUACAUGCAAUAGCGCGGAAGAUGUCAGUCCAGAUAAGUAAAGUCUAUGCAGAACAAUUUCCUUUUUCCAGAUUACAAGUUUUACUUCGCUGAUUGUCUCGUACAAUUGGUUUUGGAGUCUUGGUACAUGGUGGUCGGCGCUUUCAUUCUUCACUCCAGGAUACAAUCUUAACUCAGAACAUUCUGCAGCACUUUCUUAGUCUUUGUACCAAAACUGUCAAAAUCACUUGGUGGAUGGCUAAUUAAGAAUUGAUGAUUUAUAUCAGAUAUGUACAAAUUGAUCACUGCUAUACUUUGGUUUCAUGGUGGAGCGAUUCAGAUUUAUUCUACAGUCUCGGACUAUGUCAACAGUGAAUGUGUCCGUCAUGUGUAAUUUGCCCCCAAAGUGUGUGGAACCCUGAAAGCACUGUUCCUGGCAAGCGGAUCAAACUAUCAUGCCCCUUACUUUCUCAA